GUGGAUUGUUGAUCUCUGUUAGUUUGAAUGUUGUUGAAUAUGUGCUUAUAUUACUGGCAUUUCUUGCAGGACUGUAAAUGAAUCGAUGGGACUAGAGAUGGAUUCGGACUUAGAGAAGAACUUUACAUUAGAUCUGAGUCCUAACACUGUUCUUCCAUCUUCUCGGCAAUGUUUGAACAUGGAAAAGAGAUAUCUUAAAGGAAAACCAAGCCAUAACGAGGAUGUAUUGAGGCUAAAGGAGGGGUUUACUGAAAUCGCCUUUCGCCGUUACCGCAGUGCUUCUUGUAAAACCACUCCGUGUAGAUCUGUUGGGGGCGAAGGUAAUGCUGAGUUGAAGCGAGGUUCCAUAUAUCAAAGCUCUAAAGAGGUAAGGAAAAUGAAAAGAACAGGCACAGUUGAGGGGAGGAGGAAAGUUGAAUUAUCACGUAGUAGUGACACCCCGUAUUCGUUUAGGAUUGUCGAUUCUCUUUGCAAUUCAGAAGACGAGAGCCCACAAGAGAGGAACUCAGUGAUGUCUACUGGCUCGAACUUGAAAUCAGCUUCCAUUAGCAAACCUUAUUUCGAGUCAUGCUCAUCAGAUGGCUUCGUUGAAAUCUGUCUAAGUUCGGAUAAUAAAGAUUCCGAAAAGAGAGAAAAACAGUUGGUGGAAACUGUAGGGAUUGAUAACAAGAGGAACAAAAGUUUCGGAUGUGAACCGGUAGCCCGUCAUACAGAUGAUGGUAACGAACUUGUUGAAAAAGACAUGAUUCGGAACCUUCAUAAGUCACUAUCUGCUAAGAUGGAAGCGUGUCAUUCACCCUCUUCAUCAGAAAGUGACCGAUUUUCCCAAACCAGCUCAAAAGCUAGAUUUAGUCCUAUUAGGAAGAUGUUUGAUCCAUUCAUGAAAUCAAAGUCUCUACGAAGUCCUUUGGGUUAUGCAGCAGAAGCUGACUGUGACAGAACUCUUGGGAUGGAAAAUACGAGAAGAGAUAAGACAUUUCGGAAAUCUUUGUUACAUGACUUCUCAUAUUCACAUCGAAAUUCUGAACCGGAGACCCAGUUUAUCAAGAAAGAUACCAUUCACCCUGCAGUGGCAAGCUCACCGGUUCACCUACACGGUUGUCUCAAGUUGGGAGUGAAACAAGGGGUGCCUUUUUUCGAGUUCUCAAUGAAUCAACGGGAAGAUAUUGUUCUUCUGGCCAAACAGUGGAAGCAAGAUAAUGCUUUUAAUUGGGUAUAUACCUUUCACUCCUUCAGCAAUGGAAAGAAGAGCAAUGCCAGUAUGUGGGGAUUGAGUGAUAGUAGCAAAGAUUCUUCGGUUGUUGCGCAGAUGCAAGUCUCCUGCUGUUUCUGCUCGGAAAUUAAAGACGGAGGGGUGCUCGAAAACUCCAUGGUUACGGAGUUUGUUUUGUAUGAUAUCGCACAUGCGAGACAGCGUGUUUUGGUCCAAGGAUCACCUGAUGUUUGUAAAACACCGACCUGUUCUAGUCCAGGCUCGAAUGUUGGAAGUUAUGAAUCAGACGAUUGCUCUAAUGUAGUGAGGCUUAAAGAUCACUUAACUCUUGCUUCAGACAGUGAUGAGGUUGAUUUCCUGAAUGGAUCAACUCAAUUGGUACCUGCCAAUCUGCAUCCAAACCUUGAAAUUGCCGCCAUAGUCAUGCAAGUACCAUUUAAGAAGAGAGAGAGCUUGAAAUACAGAAGAGGGGAUAAAAUAGAUGAUAAGAGGCAUUUAAACCUUCUCAAUGUCUCUUUGAUUGAAGAAUGCAAAAGCAACAUACAAGAUAGCAGGUGCCAAGAAAAGGUGAAGGUGGUUAUUCCUACUGGAAACCAUGGCUUUCCUAAUACUGAGACCUCAGGUCCUUCAUCGCUACUUGAUAGGUGGAGGAAGGGUGGAGGUUGCGAUUGUGGAGGCUGGGACAUGGCUUGUCCCCUUGUAGUUUUUGGCAAUUCCGGUAUAAAUUGUUCCGAAGAUCAACCACGGUUGGACAGUGAGCAGCCUUUUGAACUUUUUCUUCAGGGCGCCAAAGAGAAUACACCGGCACUGACCUUGACAGCCACCGAAGGAGGGUAUGCAGUUGAUUUCCAUGCAAAGUUAUCAGUGUUACAAGCAUUUUCUAUUUGUGUUUCCAUAUUGCAUGGUACUGAAACCCCCGCUGCUGCCGUGGAGGCACAAACUGAACAUUUGUCCGAAUGCAAUUCACUAAAAUCACUUGUCGAUGAUGAAGUGAAACUCUUAAUUGAAGCAGUCAAAGAGAAGAAGAAGAAAGUCAGCAAGAGAGCAGUAGCAAACCCACUAUCCUAUGUGAUUAACCCUCCCUUCUCUCCGAUUGCUCGUGUUUAGACAUCGAUAACUGGCUUGAUGAAUUGGAAAUAGCCUCUGUAUGUAUUUCGAUGUGGCUGUCAC